AUGCCUGCUGUCGAUCCCAUAACAAGCAUCGAGACUGCAUGUCAUUCGCGCGGGCUUGCUAGCGUUAUCGGCAUGGUGGUUUCCAAGCUAGACGUCCGUCACAGCAAAGGCUCUUCAUAUACUGUCACAUUCGAACUUAAAGAUUCUAGAUUCGAUACUCCUGCCUGGGCAGAUAGUUUGAAAGUCAGGUUUUUCAACAAUGACGAAAGCAAGCUGCCCCAUGUUCAGAAUAACGAUGUAGUCCUUCUCCGGAACAUUCGAGUAAGGCUUUGGAAAGUAAAAGACUACCAAGGCAGGGACACCGCGACUGUCUUUCAACACGACAAUGUCUCUUGGGCGAUAUUUAGACAUGAAGAAGAUUCCAGCAAGAGCCCGUCUAUCACUACUGGGCCUGGCACGUUCGACCCGACAUCAGCAGAAAAAAGCAUUGCACUUGCGCUUCUAGAAAAGUACACACCGGAGGUACAAAAUAACACCUGGCGAACCGGUCCAUCACAAGCAGCUCAGGUUGUCCAGGCUUUUUCAUCCCAAAAAAAGUCAGGUCUUCCCAUAGUCCUGAUUAAAGAUAUUGAGGCAAGUCGUUUUGUCCAAAUCAUCGGUCAGGUGGUGAAAGACCAUAACUACGAGAGUCAUAAGAGUACCAUUUGGAUCACUGACUACACCGCCAAUGACAAUCUGAAUGAUCAUAAGAAAGAAGAUGAAGAGACAGGGACCGACGGCGACUCUUUUGGCUACUUGAAUCAUUCAAAGAACUCAUGGCCCGGUCCCUGGGGAAAAUUGACUAUGCAAAUCACGCUGUGGGAUCCGCAUGCCUCGUAUUCCCGGGACAAUGUCAAACCAGGGGACCUAGUGCUCCUCGGAUCUGUCCGCCCUAAAUUCAACAGCGGCGGCAUCCUUGAAGGCGUCAUCCACGAAGACAAAAGGUUUCCUCACAAGGUCCAUUUGCGCACUAUCUCGAGUGACUAUAGUGAAGAGGCCCAAGAGCUUAUGAAGCGGAAGAAAGCUUAUUGGGAGAUCCAUGGAAAGCCGAAAAACGAAACCAAGCAGUCCAAGAAACAAAAGAAGAAAGCAACCGAAAAAGAGAAAAUCUUGGAAGAGGGCCAGAAGGCACUAUCAGCGACUUUGGCCCGGGCGAAGCGAAAUUCAAAUGUCAAGACACGCGAAUUUGGAAUUCCAGUGCGCUCCGUGGAUUCGAUCUUAGCAGCUGAUCACCAUGUUAUAUCUCUCCCGGGCGGGAUAAGUUACAAAUUACCAUUUCAAAACGUUGCUUAUAACACCAUUGCCCGAGUUGUGGACUUCUUUCCCCCAGACUUGGCAGACUUUGCAGUGCAAGUCCGAACAAAAACUAUUGUGCACCAAAGCCAAGAACAUACGACCUGGGAAUGGCGUUUUUGUCUUCUGGUAGAAGGUAUUGAACCAGUGGUUUCAAAAGAUCAACCACGAGAACAAAUGAAGAUCUUUGUCUCUGGCGCAGAAGCUGAACAUCUGCUUUGCCUGGAUCCUACUGAUCUCCGUGCAAAUCCAAAUAAUUUGGAUGCACUGAGGGAGAAACUCUUCCUCCUCUGGGGCAAUCUCGAAGAGAAGAAACGAGAAGGGGCGAAUGCAGCUCAGGGCCAAAAUUGGACACCACCAGCGGGGCUUUCAGGAGUACCGGUGCAGUGUUGUAUUAAGGAGUAUGGGGUUCGGUGUGUACAUUCCCGAGACCCAGAUGCUAUGCAAGUCGACGGAGAACCAUGUGGUGUGCAGGAGGGGUGUUUUGGAUGGGAAAGACGAUUUUCUUUGUACGGUACUACGAUUCAUGAAUAA